AUGUCCGAUUUAGAUGACGAUUUGUUGGCCUUGGCCGGCGGUGCUGGAGACUCUGGAGAAGAAUCUGACGGCUAUGAACCAACCUUGAGCAAGAGGUCAAGAAGUGAGGAGAAGGAUGAUGGUGCUGUCGAGGACGACGAUGAUGAUGAUGAAGCGCUAUCAAGCAAGAAGAGAAGGAUCGAUACAUCAGAUUUAGAAUUUGAUGAUGAUGAGGAGGACGAAGAAGAUGACGAAUUGGUUAAUCCAUAUCCCUUGGAAGGAAAGUACAAGGAUGAGGACGACAGAGACAAGUUGGAGUCAAUGGACGAAAUCCAAAGAGAACAAAUCUUGUUUGAAAGAACCCAAGAAAUGGAACGUUUCAACGAAAAGAAAUACUUGCAACAAAGAAUGAAACAACAGAAGAAACUACAAAAGCAACAGAGCGGAGGUACUGCUAAAGCUACUAGAUCGUCGAACCGUAAUAAGGAUAGUAAUGUCAAGACGUCUAAGCUUGAUAAAUUGAGUGAAUUAAGAAAGCAGAGAGAGCAGAAAUCCAGAAAGAACUACGACGAUUAUGAAGAUGAUGAGGAAGAGGAGGAAGACGAUGAUGAUUUGAGAGACGACGAAGAGGAAGAUGAUUAUGAAGACGGAGUUGUCACCUGGGGUGGCGCUAGUAAGUCCAAGUCCAAGAGAUCUAAUGUUCGUAGCAACUUAGAUGACAUAAAUAAGAUCAGAGUGGGAAGAAGUUUAUUGAGCAAAUACUGUUUCUAUGCCUUUUUCAGUGAUUUGGUGAUAGAUUGCUUUGCUCGUAUAAAUUUGGGAAUGGACAAAAGAACGAGAAAACCAAUGUACAGAAUGGUCAAGAUAGUCGAUGUUCGUUCAAUCCCGGAGAAGGCGUACAGAUUGAACAAUGCCAAAUCGGACUUGUUUUUGAAAGUGAGUCAAAACAGGAAGCAAACAAAGGAGUUUCCAAUCAGUAUUUUCUCGGAUUCCCCAAUCACACCAGAUGAGUUCAAGACUUAUGAACAUGAGUUAGACAAGACUGGUGAAAGUAUUGAAUACCAAGAUGAGGCCACCGAAAAGUACAACCAAAUCCAAUACUACCUCAAUAAAGGUGUCAGUGAUAAGGAUGUCAACGAAAUGCUUGAGAAGAAGCGUAAGUUGCUUGAUACCAAGAAGAGUGAUGGAGCUUUGACCGGAGUGGAUGCUGUUUUCAGAAAAUCCAAAUUAUUGGAUGAAUUGAAAAUAGCCAGACAACAAGGUGAUGCUCAAAAGAGUACAGCUAUAAUUGAAAAGUUGAAGGCUAUUGAAGAUGCCAUGGCUAGUCGUGCGAAAUCGAGCAACACAUCUGAAUCGUUGAACACCAUGUCCAAGGUGAAUGAAAGAAACCGUAAGCUCAACUCCACGAAUAUUAGAAAGGCAGAGAUCAAGACCAAGAAUGCAGUAGUUCAAUUUGAUGGAGGUGAUCCGUUCUCGAGAUUGAAAACUGUCACGAGAAUGUUUUACCAAGGGCUCACUGCCGAAGAAAACGAGAAGGCGUUGAACGAUGCCCGGUUGAAUCUCCAAGAAAAGUUGGCAGAAAAGUCGAAGCAGGAAGAAAAGAUCGCCACCUCGACCUACAGACUCUUGGGAGAGAUGGACAAGUUAAUCAAGACCAUUGAUAUUGAUAUCAACCUUGAGCUUUAG